CCUCCUCCCUGGCAGUAGGCAAGUCAGUUGUGGUUCGGGAGUUGCAGUGGCUCAUUUCUAGCAAAUUAUUUCACAAUGUCGUGGCAAAAUUACGUUGACCAGCAGCUUAUGGGCUCUGGACUUGUCGCUAAGGCCAUUAUCGCUGGUCACGACGGCACACUAUGGGCCAAGAGUAAUAAUAUUGAGCCAACACGGGAUGAGCUAUUGAGGCUGUCUACCAGUUUUUCAGAUCAGAGCAAUCUGGCAAUGACAGGGGUUGUUAUAGGUGGUGAAAAGUUCUUCUACCUCUCGGGGACUGACAAGGUUAUCCGAUGCAAGAAAGGAAAGGCUGGAAUGCACUCGAUGAAGACGUUGCAAGCAGUGUUGGUAGCAGUGUUUGAAGAACCCAUUCAACACCCUCAGGUGGCAUCAAUUGUAGAGUCGCUAGGGGAUUACCUAAUUUCCUUGUCUUACUGAGUGAUGGCGGAUCCUCUGAAUAUCACCGUUUCUUCACUUGGAAAUUCAUGGCAGUGGAUGACAUGUGAUAUACCAGUGUUGACCAGUGGAAUUAUGACUGUGACAUGAACCAGACAUGUUCCAUCUUAUUAAACUCUGCUACUCAAUCUGAACAAAUGCAAACAGAAAGAGAAAAAUGUGUAAGCCCUUGGAUUUUUGGAUAAUAACAGCUACUGUUUGGGAGAGGCUUGCCUGUGUCACCAGUGUUGAUGUAUGUAUGUAUUUCAGACUUUGGCAAGGGUUCAAUGAAGUGGAUAUAUAUACUUUACACGUUUCAACACUUUUGUAAAAUAAAUUUUUUCCCUGAACAUUAUUAUUGAAGCUUGUGAAUUAACUUGCACUCUUGAUAAGUGAUUAUUUUUGUUUCCAGCUAUUAGUGAAGUGGCUAGCUUGUGUGUAUCUGCAAGCAUUUAGUGGCAGGGGAGGGGGGGUUGACUCAAUUGUUCCCUAAUCCUUGUGACCCCCCCUUUUCCCUCCCGUAAAGGCUUCCUCUCCCACUACCACCUUUUCUCCUGAACCACAUCUCACUCUUGAUCAACUCGAUUCCUUCCACACUCGAACAACUGUGAGUGUCUAGUCUCUGCUAGCCACUGAUGCUCAUGUUGAAUUUUAUUGAAUUUGUUCCUUUAAGUAGUUUUCCGUUGUCAACCAUCUGUAAAGUGGAAACGAUUUUAUGGGACAUGCAUUCCUUAUUUCAACUGGUAUCUUGUGUUGAUAUCCAACGAACUACAUUUUCUAGUAAGAAAACCUGCUCUAGCCUGUUAUUGAUUGGGUCCUAAUAUCUAUUACUGUGCAUUUGCUCAGUGUUCUAAGUUUUGUUAAUGUAAUUUUUCACUUGAUUUGGGGGGGGUAAUUAACUCCUACACAUUUUGGGAGAUUUUGACAUUUGUUUUGAAAAGUUUUAGGGGGGUGGGGGGGAGUUAGUCAAUUCAAUAAGGUCAGCGAUUAUGAACCUGAGGUAGAAGUUCGAUGUGGUCAUAUUCAUGUUCAAAAUACGUCAGGUUCAGGAUCGCUGGUCGUGUCAUUUUUUAACUUAAGGUUUCAGCGCAGCGUUGACCACCCAAGGUCACUGCUGUGGUUAUCAGCGGCACAAAAUUGGCCCUUGUGUGCCCAGGCUUGGUGUUCUGCCGCACUAGCAGUUGUCCUGCUGGUGCUCAGUAUUGUACAGCUUCCAUUGCCCCCCAAUAAACACUACUUAAUAAA